ACUGUUCAGCGCACUGACAUUUAAAUGGUAGGGGUGGCUACGCAACAAGCAGCAUGGAUGAUUUCAGUAGCUACAUACUAAUCGUCAGACCGACCCUGCCUGAGAACAGUGACAAUAUUCCGAGGAUUGGAAUGCCUGAAAAACAGGGUCACUUUGGGGAGCGGGCUGCCUGGAGCACCUCAAAGACUGCCAAGGAUAAGAGUAACAGUGCCACCCUGCGGGCAUCCCAGGGUGGCACCCACAGGGAACAAUAUGGAAUGGGUGACAUGAGCAACCACUCAGAGAAGGACGCCGAAAAAGACUCAGGAUACUCAGAGGCUGGUUCAGACUCUGUGCAGACUGAUGUAGACGACCAGAUCAGCAGUGUGAGCAAACCUCACAGGGAAAGCAGCAAAAGCUUGAACAACAACACCAGUGUGAAUACUGCAGGCCACAAUAUGCCUCCUUAUGAGGAGCUCACCCCCUGUUGCGUCAUCAAAAACCUGGUGGUCAAGCCGUCUAGACUGGAGGAGCUUCUGCAUGGUCCCCUGGUGUGGGGUGGAGGUUGGCACAGCCUUACCAAUCCUACAGCGCCCAGCCAGCUGUUACUGAUUCAACAGCCAACAAUACCUGCUACUUUCUCCUCUACCUCGACUCAUUCAUCCAGUCUAGCUGCACCACAAGUUCAAGUAAAGAGAGGACACAGCCGCAGCAACCAGAACCACAGCAGCAAGGACUCAUACCUGCCCAUCCUGAAUUCUUACCCUCGAAUUGCCCCCCAUCCCAGUAAGGAGAGCCAUGAGGGAAAGGGUGCCACAAGGGUGGAGGGGGUCAAGAGUGGCAGUGAAGGCCAAAGCCAGAGCAAGAGAGUGUGCAUUGAGGAAGAGAACAUUGAGGAAGAGAAGAGAGAGUCUGUACCUACCACCAGUCGCCUCCUGAAGCCCCAGAAGCAUCAGAAUGAGGGUAGGGUCCAUCCCAACUGCCAGUGUAAAGGCAGAGGAGGGCACAGCUCUUUCCCCAGUUCAUCUCAGUGCCUGUUGCCCAGCCAUGCCUCCUCAACCACCCAGCACAUGGCCCACCAAUGCCAACAAAGCUCGGGCUCUGACAGCGCAGGCUCACCCUCCGUCUCUCCACCUUCUUCCUCCAACUCCCCCCCAAUCUUCUCUCUUCCCUCUUCAUCUCCCUCUUCCUCCACGGCUCACAGCCCAUGUCAACUGGCUCCAGGCAGCUCACCCACACACCAUCGACGUUUCCUCAACACAGCUGAGAUCUUGAACCAGUCAGGCCUGCUGGCCAUCACACUACGCACCAAGGAGCUGCUGAAGCAGAACGCCGCCACCGAGAGAGAAAUUGCCCAGCUUCAUCAGCACACUCAUUUCCUGUGCCAGGUAGCCCAGGCCAGCCGGAACGGGUGCAACAAAGGUUCAGAUAGCCUUGACAAAGUCCUCCUGGCCAUGAAUAAGUCAGGCUGCUACCCAAACUUAGACUUAAAUCAACUGAAAGUGCUCAGUAGCAACCAUCAGACCAAUACUAGAGGUGAGAAUGACAAAGAGACAGAAAACAACAUUGAAAUCAUCAAGACAUACAACAACCCACUGCAGGCGGGGUCUUUACACAACAUAGCUGAUGGAACAUCACCACCCUCUCCACUGUUUGCCCCCUCGCCAGACACAGAUCCAUGCACAUGCUUCUGGAUCUAAUGUCCACCUCCCUGUCUGAUUCUUUUCCCAGGUCUGUACCUAAACAGUGAUGCAGAAAAGUAGUCGUGGACCAGGACUUAAGUGAUCUCACUAUUUCACCAGAAAGUUCAGCACACAAUAACUAUCUCUUCUAGCUUCCUGGAUCUGUAAUGACUGGUAGGGUAACAUGUGGACCUAGCAAUACAGGAGAGCAUGAGUUUUGUUUGAAUUGUGCAAAAUGCCGGAGUAAAACAGAAUAUGGCUAGUUGAAAUGAUGAUUUUCAUAUUUACACACAUAGUUUAAAGUUGAACAUGAUUGAUCUAUUUUCAUACUGAUUUGCUGAUUCCAGGUGUCUAUUUUUCAUCUGUAUUUUUGCCUUUGUGGACAGACCUGUCAUUCAGGUGCUCACAUUCACAGUCAGCAAUGGAUGUCCAAUGUGUCCAAUAUGUUACAAGAAGCAGUCAGACAACUGAAACAUGCUUAUAGAGAAAUAUGCCUGUUAGUGAGUGUGUGAUUUGCCUAGAAACUUUUCAGUCAGCAGCUAUACUUGAUUGGAGCAGAGUUAUGGGGGAGGGGCAUUAUGGUUCCAUGUCAGUGUUAGUCAGGUAGAGAGAGCUGAGCUCGUUCUCUUAAUACAUCGAUGAUGGAGCUAAUGAGAGACGCAAGCGAGUCAAGCCUUGUGCACCAGA